ACCGGGGGGAAGAUGCUGAUGGACAAAAAUACAUCAUCGCUCUCCAACAUCUCCUCCACUGCCCUGUCUUGGGUAAGAGGAGAUGGCAACUGGACAGGGGCAGGAAUUGGUCCCCGGGAGGUGGCUGUUGGACUGAUACUAACCUUUAUAGACUUGAUCACUCUGUUUGGGAAUACUGUGGUUUUUAUCUGCCCUGUGGUGGAGAAGAGGCUGCGUACCGCAACUUACAUGUUUAUUAUGUCCUUAGCCAUGGCAGAUCUCCUCGUUGCUUGUCUGGUCAUGCCAUUUAGCAUAAUUUAUGAGGUGACGGGGAUGUGGCUAUUCGGGAGGCUGUUCUGUAAAGUGUGGAUCUCUUUUGAUGUCAUGUUCUGCACGGCGUCCAUUGUCACAUUGUGCUUUAUCAGUCUGGAUAGAUAUUGCUCCGUGGUGACCCCCUAUCAUUAUUCAAUGAGGAUGUCACGUCGAAGGUGCAUCAUAAUGACCUGCAUGGUCUGGGUAUACUCCUCCCUCAUUUCCUUCCUACCAGUCAUGCAAGGCUGGAAUGAGAUACCAGGUGUAGAUUUUGAUGCUGGCAAAGAGUGCAUCUUUGUCACCAACUGGACUUUUGCCAUCGUAGCUUCUGCCCUGGCAUUUUUUGUCCCGUUCAUGAUUAUGUGCAGCAUGUAUUUCUUCAUCUACCGAGCAUCACGACUCAAGGCCACCCGCAUCAUGUCUCAGUCCCUUGAAAUUCACUACCAUCCCAACAGCAAGAGGCAGAACAACCUGCAGCUGGAAAACAAAGCCACUCGGACAAUUAGCAUCAUCAUCUCAGUCUUCAUAUUGUGCUGGUUACCCUACUUUGUUCUGAAUGUAUGGCUAGCUGCUAAAGGUACCAGUUCCACCAGCGCAGUCCUGGUUGAUGCCUUCAAGAUCAUAACUUGGUUAGGUUAUUGCAAUUCUACUAUCAACCCCAUGCUCUACGCCUUUCUGAAUCGGGAUUUCCAACGGGCUCUGAAGAAGCUGUUCAUCUGCAGGCGCAGGUCUCAGGUGGAUAUUGGAGAAGAUAUGGUUUCAAUAGCCACUUUUUCCAAGACUGCUCAAGACCCAGAAUACAGCAUUAAAGUCCCAAUGCCCGCUGGAGCACUGAAGAGCAAGCAUAAACAAAGUACUGGGUUACUUGUUGCAGGAUGAGACAGAUGAAGAGUGUAUGGUGAUUA